AUGUAUCCCUGUCUGUCGUCGCUGCUCCUUUGGACAUCGCUCCUUAUCGUCUCGCUGCUGGCCAGGGCCGGCUCGGCCAGCCCGCAGGUCGAGGCGAAAAAGUUCCUUGACGAAGCCAAGGUCCAUCUGUCUCAGGCGCGGUACCACGAGGCACUCUCUGCCUACGAAUCCGCCAUUGCUAUUGACCCUAGCAAUUAUAUGACCUACUUCCGACGAGCUGCCACGUAUCUGAACAUGGGACGAACGACUCCGGCCAUUCACGAUUUCAGCAAGGUUCUGGAGCUCAAGCCUGGCUUUGAACAGGCCCUCCUCCAGCGGGGCCGACUCUACGCCAAGGACUGUGCUCUCGAAAAUGCCUACAACGACCUGUCCAAGUAUCACGACAUCCGACCCAAUGACGAGGAAAUCGAUAAGCUGAUCGGCGAUAUCGUUGAAGUCAAGAGAAUCAUUGACACAGUCGACAGCCUCAUCGCCAAAAAGGCCAACGACCAAGCCAUCGAUGCCCUCAACCGGAUCAUUUCACUCUGCCCACUCCAUGUUCAGCACCGUCUCAAGCGAGCCGAGCUCCACCAGCUCAGCGGCAACAAUGAAAUGGCCAUCGGUGACUACAGACGCAUCGCCAACAUCCAGCCCAACAGCAUCUCGAUCCUGAUCAAGCUGGCCUCGCUGCAGACCAAGACUGGAGAAAUCAGCCAGGCGCUGGCUUCGAUCCGCGAAUGCCUCAAAUAUGACCCCGACCAAAAGUCGUGCAAAUCUACUUAUCGCGAGCUGCGACGACUGGAUAAGGGCCUGACUCUGGCCGACUCGCUAUACAGCAAAUCCAAGUGGAGUGAUCUCAAGGACGAGCUCGAGGGAGACCGCGGCUUGCUGACCGAGGUUGACGUCUUGGGCGCGCGUAACCUGCAGAUCAAAGUGUUUGGCAUGGCUUGCAAAGCCUAUCGGGAGCUGAAAGACGCGAGCAAGGCACUCGUCGCCUGCAACCGACUGCUACAGCUGGAUCCUGAGAACUUUGAAGGUUUGUUGAAUCGUGCUGAAGUCAAAAUCCUGCUUGAGGAGUAUGACCAGGCGAUGCACGACUUCCAGCAAGCCAAUCAAAUCAACGGCCAGGAUCGUCGGGCACACGAUGGCUAUCAUCGCGCACAGAGACUGAUGCGACAGGCCUCCCGAAAGGACUACUACAAAAUCCUGGGUGUUCCUCGAACUGCUUCGAAGCGUGAAAUCAAGAAGGCCUUCCGCAAGCUCGCUCAAGAGUGGCACCCCGACAAGUACUCCGGUGAUCUCGACAAGGAGUCCGUAGCCAAGAAGAUGUCGGAGAUUAACGAGGCCUACGAGAUCCUCAGCGACGAUGAACUCCGACAAAAGUUCGACAACGGCGAGGAUCCUAAUGUAAGC